ACUAUGGUUUUAAUGUAAUAGUAUGCAUUCUUCACGCCACAAAUCCAAACCGAUUAAUGAUAUAAAUUGCGAGACAAAAGCAGAUAUCUUAGUGUCGUAUAAUUUCUACAGAGCCGGGCUGUGUAUAUCCGUCCCUCUAUGGGAGAAGAAAGUUUGAAGAGGGAGACUGCCGAGUUAGAAGAUGACAAGCCAAGGAAACGUGGAAGAGCAGAUGGAGAUUGGACGACAGUUCUGGCUGGUUUCAUGGCGAAUUUCUGCAGCAGUGGGAUCAACAGCGUGUUUGGACUUCUAUAUGUAGAGCUGGAGCGCGAGACCGGGUCCGAUAUUCUAAUUCUGUCCUGGGUCGGCUCACUGUUUAUCGGAUUUUGUUUAGAUAGUGCUCCCCUAGUUGGGAUUUUGGCCAGAUAUACCAGUUACUGGUCAUUGGCUGUGUUUGGUGGAUUACUUACUAGUGUUGGCUUUUUUCUUGGCUUUCUGUCGACGUCACUUCCUGUCCUAUAUUUAGGUCUUGGUGUGUUAUCUGGUUUUGGAUUCGGUCUUUCAAGUUUCUCUGCAAUGAUGGUUGUCGGUCAGACUUUUACCCGGAGGCGCCCUCUAGCUCUCGGAAUCUGUGUGUCCGGUGUAGGAGUCGGAACCAUUGUUUUCCCGCCACUAUACACAAUGCUGCUGGAAGUUUAUGGUAUCCGUGGACUUUUUCUCAUCACAGCCGGACUCUUUCUGAAUAAUGCUGCGUUUGGUAUUUUCCUGAGAUCCACAAAUCACAACAAAAAUCCACUUGUGUCCUCUGAAAGCAAUCGAGAAAGCCUGGUGAAUCCAAACUUGCUGAAAUCACCGAAAUUUAUCCUCUUCAUCCUCGUGAAUUUUCUGUUCCCCCUAUCCUCUACCAUUCCUUUCACGUAUAUCCCUUUGAAGACCACAGAACAAGGAAUAUCACUGCAAUUGACAGCUUUGUUGAUUUCAAUCUCGGGGAUUACGAGUACGACUGGUCGCGUUGUUAUUGGAAUGAUUGCCGGAAAUGUACCCCGUGUUCGACCCUGGCUAUUUUUGGUAUUUUUGAUGGUGUCUGGUCUAACUCUAAAUGGUCUUCCUUUCGCUGAAACUUACACUUCCAUUGCCUUACUGGCCUCGAUCUUCAUGCUGUGUACAGGGGCGUCUUUCAGUUUAGUCCCUGUGUUGCUGUUGGAUAUGUUCGGUACUGAUCUCCUUACAUGCAGCCUGAGUUUGACCUACUUUAUGCAUGGAAUUGGGUUAAUGAUAGGAGUACCUGUAGCCGCCUCGUUUUGUGAAACGAUAGGAAACAACAACUGGGCUUUCUACGUGGCAUCCCUCAGCCUGUAUUUGUCGUCUGCUCUGAUGGUCGCCUGUAACUGCCUGAAAGCCUCUGGAAUUUUCGCUCAAGUGGAUUCAUCCACCAAGAAGUUUCCGGAUGUGGAAUCCAACAUUGAGGCCAUUAACAUAUCUGUUAUUGACUUGCCCGAACCUCUUGGGCCACCGGCCGCCUGAUGGAAUGCGUAUCUGCAACGCGACUUGCAAAAUGAAUACCGAAGAAGAUAGUGUCUUCAUAUUUUGCUAGCUUGUAUAUUGGAAAGUUUUUUUUAUCCCAUUCUUCUCAAGAGUUGACUUGCUACUAGUAAUUGAAUCAUCGCGAUAUUACAUUGUAUUUCAACUGCAAGGUGCUUGUGAACAUUAGUGUAUAUCAUCUUUGUGAACAUUAGUUUAUUUCAUGCUUGUGAACAUUAGUGUAUAUCAUCUUUGUGAACAUUAGUUUAUUUCAUGCUUGUGAACAUUAGUUUCAUCAUGCUUGUGAACAUUAGUUUUAUCAUGCUUGUGAACAUUAGUUUCAUCAUGCUUGUGAACAUUAGUUUUAUCAUGCUUGUGAACAUUAGUUUUUAUCAUGCUUGUGAACAUUAGUUUUUAUCAUGCUUGUGAACAUUAGUUUACAUCAUGGAAUGACUUUCCGAAUAGAAUUUCAUCAUAAUUGUAUCCUAUUUUGUUUGUUGUUGACUGAGAGUUAUGAAUUUUGAAAAUAUUUAACUAAAUGCCA